AUGGGGAGCCACCUUAACAUAAAGCCGCAUGUUGUGUUGACUCCAUGUCCAAUUCAAGGCCAUAUCAAUCCACUGUUGAAACUAGCGAAGCUGCUUCAUCUCAGAGGUUUUCACAUAACUUUUGUCCACACUGAGUACAACAAAAAACGCUUGCUCAAAUCAAGGGGUCCCAAUGCCCUUGAUGGUCUUCCAGACUUUCGGUUUGAGACAAUCCCAGAUGGUCUUCCACCCAUUGAUGGUGAUGGUGAUGUUACUCAAGACAUACCCUCUCUUUGUGACUCUAUCAGAAAGAACUUCUUCAUCCCCUUUUGUGAACUUCUUCAUAGACUUAACGACUCUGCCACUGCUGGUCUUAUCCCACCAGUUACUUGCUUGGUUUCUGAUGCUACCAUGACCUGCUUCACUGUUCAAGCUGCUGAAGAAUUUGGAGUACCUAGCGUUCUCCUUUGGCCUGCCAGUGCGUGUUCAUUCUUGUCUGUUAUGCACUUCCGCACUCUGGUGGAUGAAGGUCUUAUGCCACUCAAAGAUGAAACUUAUCUUACAAAUGGGUAUUUGGACACCAAAUUAGACAGGAUUCCAGGUUUGCAAAAAUUUCGACUGAAGGACCUUCCUAGCUUUAUAAGGACAACAGAUCCAAAUGAUUUUAUGGUUGAGUUUUUGAUUGAAGUGGCUGAUAGAGUUGACAGAGCCUCUGCUAUUGUUCUGAAUACUUCUGAUGAUCUUGAGGGUAAUGUGAUCAAUGCUCUCUCCUCUAUGUUCCCUUCACUUUACACUAUUGGCCCUUUCCCUUCAUUUUUGAAUCAGAGUCCAAAUGACCACUUGGAAUCUUUGGGUUCCAAUCUUUGGAAAGAUGACACUGUUUGUUAUGAAUGGCUUGAAUCCAAGGAACCCGGGUCUGUUGUUUAUGUGAAUUUUGGCAGCAUCACAGUUAUGUCUCCGGAGCAACUCUUAGAGUUUGCUUGGGGUUUGGCUAAUAGCAAGAAACCCUUUUUGUGGAUCAUUAGGCCUGACCUUGUCAUUGGUGGCUCAGUGAUUUUGUCAUCUGAGUUUGUGAAUGAAACUAGAGAUAGAGGCCUAAUAGCAAGCUGGUGUCCACAAGAGAAAGUGCUGAACCAUGCUUCAAUUGGUGGAUUCUUGACUCAUUGUGGAUGGAACUCAACCACUGAAAGCAUAUGUGCAGGAGUGCCAAUGGUUUGUUGGCCAUUUUUUGCUGAUCAGCCAACAAACUGUGCACAUAUUUGCAAUGAAUUGGGCAUUGGGUUUGAAAUUGAUACCAAUGUGAAGAGAGAGGAAGUGGAGAAGCUGGUGAAUGAAUUGAUGGUGGGAGAGAAGGGAAAGAAGAUGAGACAAAAGAGCUUGGAGUUCAAGAAAAAGGCUGAGGAGGACACCAGGCCCGGUGGUUGUUCAUACUUGAACUUGGACAAAGUGAUUAAGGUCUUGCUUAAACAAGAUUAG